UGUCGCCCCUCCUGACUCCAAUAAUUUUUUUUUUUUUAGUGGACCCUGACUGCAAGUAUUCAUACCCCCACCUCUCCUCUUCAACUCAAAGCUGAUCUCCUCCCUCGUUUGCCCCUCGAAUCAAGUGAUUCACAAACAUAUAUACCACCAAAUCCCCAAAAGAACCCCAGCUCUCCUUCGCCUUGUAUCUUUCUCUUUCUCUACUUCAAAUGUCGAUGGAACAAUCGCCGACUAUUCAGCCUGGGCCGUCUCCCAAGCCUACCAAGAGGUCCCUGAUGAGCUCUCUAAUGGAAGCCGACACCCCCACUCUCGAGCGGUCCUCCUCCUUCAAAGAAGACUCCUAUUUGGCCUCCAAUCUCAAGCCCGGAGAGCAAAGAGCGCUCCAAGAGCUCAAGAAUCUCCUCUCCGCGUCUUCCUCGUCGAAGCCUCUCGCAAUGUGGGGGGUUCCGCUUCUGGGGCCGGCUGCCGACGAGAGGGCCGACGUGGUUCUGCUGAAAUUUCUCCGGGCGAGGGAUUUCAGCGUGGCCCAGGCGCAUGCGAUGCUGGCGCGGUGCGUGGAGUGGAGGGAGGAGUUCGGGGCGGACGGGGUCGUCGACGAGGAGCUGGGAUUCAAGGAGCUGGAGGGGGUGGUGGCCUACCUUCACGGCCCGGACCGAGCCGGCCACCCGGUCUGCUACAACGCCUACGGCGUCUUCAAAGAUCGCGAGAUGUACGACCGGGUGUUCGGCGACGGGGAGAAGCUGAAGAAAUCUCGCUGGAGAGUCCAGGUGAUGGAGCGAGGAGUCCGGCUGCUCGAGCUCCGGCCGGGCGGGAUCAACUCCAUCAUACAGGUCACGGAUCUUAAAGAUAUGCCCAAGAGGGAGCUCCGGGUGGCCUCCAACCAGAUCCUCUCCUUGUUCCAGGAUAACUACCCCGAGAUGGUCGCCAGAAAGGUGUUUAUAAAUGUGCCGUGGUAUUUUAGUAUGCUGUAUGCGAUGAUCAGUCCCUUCCUGACUGAAAGGACCAAGAGCAAGUUCGUCAUCGCCAGAGAAGGGAACGUGGCCGAGACCCUUUACAGGUUCAUUAGGCCGGAGUUUGUGCCGGUCCGGUAUGGAGGUCUGAGCCGGCCCGGGGAUCUGCAGAACGGUCCCCCCAAACCGGCAUCUGAGUUCACCAUUAAGGGUGGGGAGAAAGUAAACCUUGAAAUCGAUGGCAUUGAGGCUGGAGCCACCAUAGCGUGGGACAUAGCGGUGGGGGGAUGGGACUUGGACUACGGCGCCGAGUACGUGCCGAGCGAGGAAGGGAGCUACACGAUUCAGGUGGAGAAGACGAGGAGGAUUCCGGCGACUGCCGAGGAGCCGAUCCACAAUGCCUUCACGUCGAAGGAAGCCGGGAAGUUGGUGCUGUCCGUGGACAAUACCAGCUCCAGGAGGAGGAAGGUGGCGGCCUACAGAUACUUUGUCCGCAAACACUCUGUUUAGUUACAGAGUUAGGACUUGGGAGUGAUUUAGCUUCUUGUUUUACUUAAUUAUAACUAGGAUAGGAGUUUCCAUCCUUCUAUGUUGAUAUAUGGAAAUGCAGCCUUUUUCCCGUGUUAAGCAUAGCGAAUGAGUUGAAUAUUUUGUGUAUUACCCCCCAAAAAAAUGGUAUUUUGUUGUGAAGUAA